GAGAGACUGAUUUGUACAGACCAUCGUCCAUUGCUAUUGACAUAUUGAAGAAAUAUAAAGAAUAUCUAAGGAAGAAAGUGUGUGGAGUGAAAAUAAGAAAAAGCAUAGCUUGGAUAUUGAACGGAGCGGGGCAUGUGGAUAUUGGCUAUCAUCUUUUUCCAGUGCAUCUUGAAUGUUUUCAGUGAAGAUCUACGUUCCAGCUUAUAUUUUGUCAAUGCAUCUGUGCAAGAGGUAGUGUUUGCCAGCACCACAGGGACCUCGGUGCCCUGUCCCGCCGUGGGCGUGCCCCCCGCCUCGCUGCGCUGGUACUUGGCCACCGGAGAGGAAAUCUACGAUGUCCCCGGGAUCCGCCACGUGCACCCCAAUGGCACCCUCCAGAUCUUCCACUUCAACCCCUCCAGCUUCAGCAACCUCAUCCAUGACAACACCUACUAUUGCACAGCGGAGAACCCCUCAGGGAAAAUCAGGAGCCAAGAUGUCCAUAUUAAGGCUGUAUCUCUCCUUCUAUAG